ACAAUAAGGUUCCCUCCACCACAGGUCGUGUUCGAUCUUACAAGCACUAGGGUUUUGGGAGACUGAAAGAGGAGACCCCGUACCACUGUGUCAUCGCAACUUGAAGUUUAAUUUCUUCUUAUCGAAUUGGAAUUUUCAUUGGACCAGAAUUGUAGCAGUCUACGUGAUGGGGAGAGGCAAGUUUAAGGGAAAGCCUACUGGCCAUCGCCAGUUCUCCACGCCGGAGGAGAUGCGUGCUGGAACAUCUUCCCGCCCUCGCACUUUCAAGAAGAACAAAGAUGAAGUUGAAGCAGAAGCAGCUCGAGAAGAAUCUGAAGAGGAAUCUGAAGAAGAGUCUGAGGAUGAACAAAAUGAUCAGAAGCGGAAAGGAACUCAAGGUCUUAUUGAGAUCGAAAAUCCUAAUCUGGUGAAGCCAAAGACCUUGAAAGCGAAAGACGUCGAUAUUGGGAAAACAACUGAACUAUCUAGGCGUGAGAGAGAGGAGAUAGAGAAACAGAAGGCUCAUGAGCGUUAUAUGAGGCUGCAAGAACAAGGGAAAACAGAGCAGGCGAGGAAAGAUUUAGAGCGUUUAACCCUUAUGCGUCAGCAAAGGGCAGAAGCUGCUAAGAAACGAGAAGAAGAGAAGGCUGCCAAAGAACAGAAGAAAGUUGAAGCUCGCAAAUGACCUUCCUGCUAAACGUCUUGUGAAAUUAUGUCACCCCUUAGUGCAAGAUGUAUGCAAACUUCCUAGUUGGUAAAAUCAUGUGUUUAAGUACUUUGGAAAUAAACAUUUUCCUGCUUCUUUUGGUCUUUUUAUUUGACCAAGUUAUAAUGUCUUUCAAACCAAAUAGAUUUCCUCUGCUUUUCAGCAGCUUGGACUGAAUUUAUAUUUGAGUUAUAUUCUAUUCCGUUUUAAAUUUGAGA